AUGAAUGAAGAAACAGCAGUCAAGCCCGGUUCCGGGGGGAAAGACGAUGAACAAUCCAGUACAGGCAGUGCCUCAUCGCAGACCGCUCCAUCCUCUUCAAGCACUACAGGUACCCAAUUGUCGAAUAAAGAAUUGAAGGAGUUGAAAAAGAAGGAGAAGGCAGCCAAAAGAGCAGCUCAGAAAGAAGCUAGUGGAAUUUCGAUAGAAAAACAGCAGCAACAGGCACAGCAGAAACGAGAAAAGAAACAGGACAAGAGAGAUCAACUGCAAUCAGGAAACGGCAGUCAGAAGGGUAAAUUGGCAGCACCAGCAUCGUUAGUGAAGGAAUCAACACUUUAUGGCCAUCUAGAAACCACCGAGGAAAGACGUGCAUAUCUGCUGGCCGUGACAAGUGCAAUCAGCUCGAGCCAGGCAUCUAAAAUCACGGCUGCCGGACUGAUGCUUCCUCACGUUGCAAGCUCCCUGAGUGGAGGCCAUGUUCCAACAUCUUCUGGCAUUGUUUCUGCCACUGCUUCGACCAACCCACCUUCUCACAGCGUGACCACCGCAGCAGAGCCAUCUACGGCUGAUCUUGCACAACUGUUGGCAACAAUGGCGGUGGAAGAUCAAUCUUCAAUGGUGGCCGGAACUUCUACCGUUAUUCCACACACCUUGCUGAAAUCGCUAAGCAGUCCUCAUUUAAACUCUUCAAUCAAGGAGUUGAUUACAAACAGAGCUUUGCUCCAUCCAGCUAUAGCCCAACUCACGUCGGAUAUUGCGGGCUAUAAGAUCAUCGGGUCCAUACCUCGUUGUUUGAUGAUGUUGGAAGCAUUUCAAACCGCCAUUAAAGACUACAAGACGCCUGAAGGAACAACAUUAAGUCGUAAUCUCACAAGUUAUCUAUCUCAUCAGAUCGACUUUUUGAAGAAGGCCAGACCCUUGAGUGUAACGAUGGGUAAUGCAAUCCGGUGGCUCAAACAGGAAAUUUCUCUCAUCGAUAUUAACACUCCAGAUAUCGAUGCCAAGGAAGGCUUAUGCGAACAGAUUACUCAGUUCGCUAAGGAGAAGAUCGAGCUUGCAGACCAACUGAUUAUUGAAAAUGCAUCUCAACAUAUUUCAAAUGGAUCGACAAUCUUAACUUACGGUUGCUCGAAAGUCUUAUGCGACCUCUUCAUUCAUAAUGCCACAAAGCUGAACAAAAAUUUCCAAGUUAUUAUUGUUGAUUCGAGACCCCUGUUCGAAGGUCGGAAAAUGACCGAAAAGCUGAGAAAUCAUGGGCUCAAUGUAAUGUACGUGCUUACAACAAGUUUGGGAACUGUUUUUAACAUGCACAUCAACUACGUUUUUCUUGGCGCGCAUUCCAUUUUGUCCAAUGGUUUCUUGUAUUCUAGGGUCGGUACCGCCAUGCUGGCCAUGAGUGCUAAGAGAAGAAAUAUACCUGUUUUGGUGUGCUGCGAAAGUUUGAAGUUUUCACAGAGGGUUCAGCUGGAUAGUGUCACGUCUAAUGAAUUAGCAGAUCCUAAUGACCUAGUGGUUAUCGAUUCCAAAAAUCCUGUGGAGAGACGCGGGAACAAAGGUUUCCUGCUGCAACAGUUCAUCAAGGAACGGGAGCUGGAGCUUGCUGCCCAAUCUCAGGACCAAAAGAAGGGCGGAAAGAGCGUCAACCAGAGUAGCGUUUCGAGCAAAAGUGAAAAUGAAGACGAAAAGCCUAUUCUCGCCGAUUGGCAGACAUCUCCAAAACUUAACAUUUUCAACAUCAUGUACGACCUGACACCGCCGGAGUACAUCAAAAAGAUCAUCACAGAAUUUGGUGCUCUACCACCUUCGUCAGUCCCAGUGAUUCUGCGAGAAUACAAAGGUUCUGCUUAG